AUGAAUUCUCGGAUAUCGCUAUUCCUUUUGAUGUUCGCCUUCAAUGUCGGUCUUAUCAAUUGUGGUGGACAGAGUCUGGUAUCACCGCAAUCCCAUUGUAGAAUCAGAUGUGAAAAUGGCGGAAUGUGUGUUUAUGAUCUGGAGCGGCCAGAUUUCCAUUCAUGCAUCUGCCUAUUGGGAGUUUUUACUGGAGACAGGUGCCAAGUCAAAGUUCCCACUCCAGAAGAUAUGGAAACAACGACAACGGAGUCUAAAGUAGAAGAAGCACCAGCUCAUCCGAAAAACCUACAACAGCAAUCCGAAGUGGAUCGUGAAGAAGCUCGACGACGUGACGAGGAGAGGAAACGUGAGUAUGAGAGACAAGUCGCUGAAAGGACACGAAAAGAAAAAGAAGAUCGAGAGAAGGCAGCUGAUGAGGAGAGACGUCGACAACAACACGAACAGUAUUGGAGAGAGGAAACUGCUCGACGUGAGCAACAACGAGCCGAAGCUGAACGAAGAAUCCAAGAACAGAGAGCACGUGACGAUGAGAGACGCAGACAACACGAAUCUGAAAGAGCUCAAUUGGAAGAGAGACGUAAAGAGGAGGAAUCACGACGAUUGGCUGCUCAAAGGGAGACUGAAGAAGCAAGACUUCGUGAGGAAGAGAGACGCAGGCAGGAAUCUGAAAUGACAGCUCAAAAAGAGAUGGAAAAUAAGAAAACCGAGUCAAUGAAUGAACAAUUUGAAUAUGAAGGAGAUGAAGAUUAUCCACAAGUUGCUGAAAAAGAAGAUGAGUAUGAUGAAGGAUACGAAACUGAUAAAACAGAUGAUGAUGUAGAGAAAACUACAACAGCAUCUACAAAUAAAAUGAAACCAAUGGUUGAGGAAAAGAAAGAAAUAAUGGGAGAAGGUGAUGAUGGAAGUGAUAUGGUUAUGGAAAAGGAUGAAAUGGAGGAUCAGGAAUCGGAGACUAAUGAUGAAGAACAUUUGAGAAAAGAGAAUGAAAAGUUGAUUGACUCAAUUAAGCAUGUAUUCAAUAAGGCUGUUGAUGAGACUGUCAAGGAACAUCCAAUUGAAGACGAUGAGUAUUGGGAUGAGAGCGCAAAGAAAAUGGACGAAGAUGCUACACCAAAAACAGAAGAAGCUGACGAAUAUGGAAUGGAAGAAGGAACGGAAGGAUGGAUGAUGGUCAAAAAAGAGAACGAGAAUGGAUCAUUUGAAUAUUCUGUAUCCCUUGCAUUCCUCUUGUCCUCUAUUAUCUAUUUCUUCAAUUAA